AGAGAGAGAGAGAGAGUAGUACUCCAAUCGGCACUCUGGGGAAGAAACAUCCAAUUCCCCGGCUUGUCAUCUGAUUUGGUCUUUCCCAUUUGGGAAUAUUGAACCGCGUUGGCCACUUAGGACACUUUACAUCCCAAGGAAACUUUUCAAGAUCCUCUCCUCAACCUGUUGCGUUUGAGUCACCGGAUAAAAAAAAAAAAUGGUAUUAACGCCGCGAACAUCCCCCUGAGUUCAUUCAGAAGCGGUGACAGGUCGCCUUCAGGCUCGGAUGCGACACAGAGGAGGUUCAGUCGAGGCACACGGUGUCCUUUAAACAGAGGAGAAAGUGGACAGGAGGAGCUGUGGGAGGAAUACAAAGUACACUGCUGAAAGAAAUGACAAGAAUGAGCCGAGCAGCCGGUGUGUCGCGUCACAACUGAGGAAGACUGAGGAAGACAGUGUUGCCUUCCGAGGUCUUGCUGUACUCCACUCGAAGAAAGGAUUCAGAGAAAUACAGUUUCAUAGUGUUCGGACACUUCGACGGGACAGAAGAUGACUGUCAAGCUGGACUUCGAGGAGUGUUUGAAAGACUCUCCGCGAUUCAGAGCUGAAAUCGAGGUCGUUCAAAGUGAUGUGAGUGAACUUGAGACACGAUUAGAAAAGCUCGUGAAACAAUGCCAGUCCAUGCUGGAGGCGGGCAGACUCUACUGCCAGACGAGCAAGAGCUUCGUCAACGGCCUGCGGGAGCUUGGACAGAACUGCUCCGGGGACAACAUGAUGGAGGAGUGUUUGGAGAAGUUUUCCAAGAAGCUGUCUAUCAUCUUGGAGGCACAGGGGGAAGUGAUUGAGACCACACAGAAGUCAGUCAAAACGAAGCUGCAGAACUUUGUCAAAGAAGAUGUUCGUCGUUUCAAAGAUGUGCGUAAGGAGUUUGAGCGUGGCAGUGAAUGCCUGGAGGGGGCGCUAGUGAAGAACGCUCAGGCCCCGCGAGGUAAACCACACGAACAGGAGGAGGCGAGCAACGCUCUGCUAAAUGCACGCAGGACGUUUCGUUCUGAGGCACUGGAUUACGUCCUCGAGAUUAAUGUCAUUGAGGCGAAGAAGAAAACAGACAUUGUGAUGGCAAUGUUGUCCCUGAUGGAGGCCCAGGCCCAGUUCUUCCAUCACAGCCAUCAGUCUCUGUCUGAGCUGGACGAGUAUCGACGCAAGCUGAAUGAUGAGCACACACAGUUUGUCCUGAACUCUGCUCGGGAGAAAAGAGACAUGGAGCAAAGACAUGCUGCAAUCAAGAAGAAGGAUGUGUCCUACGAUGACUCCAUCAUGGAUUUUAACGCUGACGCAGCUAACGGGAUCGCCAUGGAGGGAUACCUCUAUAAGAGAGCCAGCAACGCCUUCAAGACGUGGAGCAGGCGUUGGUUUUCAAUUCAAAAAAAUCAGCUGGUGUAUCAGAAGAAAUUCAAGGAGCAGCCCACGGUUGUGGUGGAGGACUUGCGCCUGUGCACAGUCAAGCCCAGCAGUGAAAACGAAAGACGAUUCUGUUUUGAAGUGGUCUCCCCGUCAAAGUGUUGUUUGUUGCAGGCAGACUCAGACAGGCAGCAGCAGGCAUGGAUCAGUGCCGUCCAAAACAGCAUCGCCUCGGCCUUUCAGGAGCACAGAGAGGACCCCCACAGCCCGAGACAGCGUUGCAGCUCGAUGUCGGUGGGCACUUUGGGAGGAGGCGGGGGUGGAGGCGGAGGAGGUGUGGAUCAGGAGAACACAGGCUGCAAGGCGUUGGAGGAGGUUCAGGUGAUCCCAGGGAACAAGCAGUGCUGCGACUGCGGGGAGCCCGGUCCUGAUUGGGCCUCCAUCAACCUGGGCAUCACUCUUUGUAUCAUCUGCUCUGGGAUACACAGGAGCUUGGGAGUCCAUUUCUCCAAAGUGCGAUCCCUCACUCUGGACUCCUGGGAGCCUGAGCUCAUUAAGUUGAUGUGCGAAUUGGGAAACACGGUGAUCAACAGGAUCUACGAGGCCAGGAUUGAUGAGAUCACCAUCAAGAAGCCCCAUCCCUCCAGUCCCAGAGGAGACAAGGAAUCUUGGAUCCGUUCAAAGUACGUGGAAAAGAAGUUCAUCCAGAAGCUGCCUGAGACUGGCAAGAACCCCCUGCUGAGGCGGUCCAGUGGGAGGAGGAACCGAGCGACCACACAGGACCGCACCGUGCAGAGGCCGCCACUCAAACCCAAACCGAACCGAGCCACUCUGCCUCGACUCACAGGGUUGAGCCCCAGUGACAUCGUCCAAAAGAACAACACAGGUAUUCACAAAGAUGAAGACGAGGAAGAGGAGGAUCUGAGCGGCCUUCACCCCGGGGCUUUGCUGUAUCGCUCGGCGGCUCUGCAGAACUUCCCCGUCAUGGCCGACGCUUUGGCCCACGGAGCCAACGUCAACUGGGUCAAUGUUGCCGAGGAGUCCAGCACGCCGCUCAUACAGGCCGUCUCAGCUAAUGCUCUGGCUGCCUGCGAGUUCCUGCUGCAGAACGGGGCGAACGUCAACCAGGUGGACAGCAACGGGAGGGGACCACUUCACCAUGCCACCAUCCUCGGUCACACUGGGCUGGUUUGUCUCUUCUUGAAGCGAGGCGCCGACUACAACGCCAGAGACAAGAACCAGAAAGACCCCAUUACUAUCGCCGUGGACAACGCCAACGCCGACAUCGUCACUUUGCUCCGGAUCGCCAAGAUGAAUAAGGAGAUGAGGGAGAUGGACGGAGCGUUUGGCCAAUCAGGUGAUGAAACCUACCACGACAUCUUCCGAGACUUUUCACACAUGGCCUCAAACAACCCCGAGAAACUCAAACGCCGCAGUGCAGACCCCAAAACUUAGUCAUCCCCGCCGCUGUUCACAUCCCCGUCUUUCAAACACACACACACAUAUCUAGACAAAAAUGUAACCACAGGCAUGCACACACACACACACACACACACACACGCAGACACAAACACACAUGGUCAUCCCUGGCCACCUGCCACAUGUUCAGUCAUCGCUCAGCUGGUGGUGACUUCAGAGAGGACGAUCCCUCCAAACAGUGAAUUCUUUG